AUGGGUCUUAUUAUUAAGCUGCUCGCGGAGCGCCUGGCUCCUGCGGAGAUGUUGUACAGCGUGAAGCCAAACUGCUUGGAGGUGAACCGCUUCCCCGCCACGACGAAGGCGCCUUCGUCGUGGCAGGUAGUCUGGGUAGUGGCUCGGGACGAGCCGUCCCAUUAUGUGGUCCAUCUCCUCCUCCGCCCCCAGCAACGUUACAAGGCCGAGCGCGUCGAUGCGUAG